GUCCCCGUGUAUUAUUGCGCGCCUUGAAUGUGUCAGGGGGGAAAGGAGGAAAACUUCUGUAAAAAAUGGCGGAGGGUGCAACGUCUCUGAAAGGGAUGCGAGCCCAAAUGGCUGCAGCUGCACAGGCCCAGGCCGAGGAGCGCCGCAGCCUAGCAGGAAACAGCCCCGGGCCUGUCACCACUGCCAACACAGCCGUACCAGCCAAGAGUCCAGGACCACGACCAGUUCUCGAUGGAGCUGCUUUAAGGAUAGACGAUAAACUCAGAGUGGCGAAAGAACGACGGGAGGAGCAGGAAAAACAACAGGCGGCGCGUGACUCUCAGAUCUUCGAGCGAGAGCGCAAGGCGAAGCUUCAGGUGGAGCGCCAGAUGGAGGAGCGACAGCGCAAGCUGGAUGAGCAGCGACGGAAGGAGGAGCAGAGGAGGGCUGCGGUGGAGGAGAAGAGGAAGCUGAAGCAAGAGGAGGAGAAGGAGCGCUAUGAGGCGGUGAUGCGCCGGACGCUGGAGCGCAGCCAGAGGGCAGAGCAGCGGCAGAAGCGCUGGUCCUGGGGCGGACUCUCAGACGCUGACCACAGAACCGGUGAGAGCGACGCAAGUUCCUCUUGUUCCCCGGUAGCCAUAGUAAUCUCCCCCGCCUCGCCAGCCAAGCCUUGCAGGACGCCGCCAGUGGACAAACGAUCCACCUCCACCAUGAACCUCAUGAAACAGCCGGGCGAGGCGGUGCUCAGCAAGCGUCUGUCCUCCUCCUCUGCCACCCUCGUCCGCUCCCCUGACAAAAGUGCUAAGCGGAGGAGUUCAUCUUUGAACCGGUUGCCUAGCAAUGCCCCUCAACCCACUAAAGACGGCCAUAAUAAACAGCCUCAGGUGGAACAGACAGGCCGGGUCUCCCAGAGCCGCCGCAGCUCCUCCCUGUCGCGGGCGGCGGCGCGAACCCGAACUCCGACCCCGACCAGAGCGGAGAAGGCUCCGGCCGCCGAGGAAGCAGCCCGCCGCGGUCUGACCAGCCCCGUGGACAGUGCUGUGCUCAGCCGCCUGCUCACCCCCACCCAGGCCUCACUCGCUAGGAGCAAGAGCGCCGCCGCCCUCUCCGCCCAAGGAGCAGACGCCCCAGAGUCUCACGUGCUGUGUCCUCGCUCAGCCUCGGCCACGCCCCCCGCCGGACGCAGCGGGCCGGUCCGCAGCCGCAGCAGUGACCGCCGCAACGGCCUGCCCACCUCCGCCUCGGCCCACGCCGCCCUGGACAGUGGUGGCACGCAGAAAGCUGAGAAGCGCUUCUCAUCUCCGGGGGCGACGCGCCCCACCUCUCCCUCCACCCCCACCAGUCGCCACCGCUCCCCUUCCCCAGCCCCCCUCAACACCAGCACCAACAAGAGAGCCCCCUCCCCAGUCACUGCCAAGAGUCCACGUAACCGUCCCCCGUCCCCCUCGGGGCUGAAGCAGCGCCCCCCCUCCCCCCAGCCGCAGACCUCCUCCAAGCCGCCGCCCAUCCAGAGGCCGUCCCUCACCCCCACCGGGCCGCCCACCCUCCGCAAGAGGGACUCCAAGCCAAAGGAAAUGUCCCCCAUGCAGCCCCUCAUGCCCGUGGCAUCUCCGGACCCCAGCGCCCAGGCCAGCCCGGCCUCCGCCCCCACCCCUGCCCCAGCUCCAGCUCCAGCCCCAGCUCCAGCACCAGCACCAGCCUCCAAGGCCAAAGAGGACGCCAGCUCCAAAGCCGCGGCUGGAACCAAUUCUGCCGCCGAGGCCGCCAAGAUCCUGGCCGAGAACCGGCGUCUGGCCCGCGAGCAGAAGGAGCGAGAGGAGCAGCUGCGCGUGCAGAGAGAGGAGGAAGAGAGGUUGAGGAAGGAGGAGGAGAAGCGCUUGGCGGAGGAGGCGCGAGUGAAGCGCCUGGAGGAGGAGAAGAGGCUCGCGGAGGAGAGGAAGAAGCAGGAGGAGGAGGACGCGGUGAAGGCGGAGGAGGAGCGGGAGAAGCAGAGGCAGGAGGACGAGCUGAGGCAGGCGGAGCUGCAGAAAGAGCGCGAGGAGGCUGAGGCACGCGCCCUGGAAGAGGCGGAGAAGCUGCGUCUGGAGCGAGAACGCGUCCUCCAGCAGAACCAACAGGAGCGCAUGGAGAGGAAGAAGAGAAUCGAGGAGAUCAUGAAGAGAACAAGAAAAACAGACCAAAAUGACUUCAAGAGAGACGAUGAGAAAUGUGUCCAGGAGAUGAAUGGAAAUGGCGAUGAUGACCAGGCAAACUGUGAAACCAACGAAGACGCUGCUUUGCAGUCCAACCAAUCCGAGGCCCAGGAGGAGGAGGAGGAGGAGGAGGCCCUUCCUUCAGCUGAGCCAAUGGCAGAGCGGGAGGAACCCUUGGGCUGUGUGAAUGGACAGCCUGGGGUGGACAACAAGGAGAACAGCAACGGAUCCUGCACACAGGAGCCCCCUGCUGACAGUUGUCCCCCGUCCAAAAGCCGGCUGGUGGAGGGCUCCGAGUUUGUGAACGAAGACGCCAAGGUGGGCCUGGCGCCAGGGGUCAACGGAAAGUCCGGGCCCUGGAGUUUCGAGGAGCUCAUCGACCUCAACGUCCACAGCAAGGGCCGGCCACUGCUGGAGGCGGAGGCCUGCAACCAGGGCCUGAUGGAGCGCGAGGCGGGGGCUCCCGAGGGCCCGCGCGUGGCCUUUGAGGAGAAGACGUCCGUCAGCUCCCUGCACCCCAGCCAGCCCAUCGAGGCCUUGACCGAGAUGUGAGGACCGGAGCCUUGUGAUAUACAUACAUAUUUGUUUAUUUUUUUGCACUCUGUGAGUUGUUGUCCAGUUGAACUUGAGAGCAGAGACCCCCCCUCCUCCUCCCCCCGACCCAACGCAGAGCUGUGGGACGUGACCUUCAACUCCUCACCUCAGUGGCAAGACCGAUGACACAAACACAAACACAACACAAAACAAACGAAAAAGAAACGCUUCAGGGAAUACCUAAAUAUUCUUCAGUGUGCUCGUCUGCUCCGGCUCUCAGCCUCCUUCCUAUAUAUAGAUUUUAGUCCUGUGAGUUUCUGUUGUUUUUUUAUUGUUGUUAUUGAUAUUAUUAAUUAAUUGUUAUUGUGUUAUUGUUAUUAUUUGUGUCAUUUUUGUAAUUGAGGGGGCUGCAAUGUCGUAAUUUAUUCCUCUUCAUCUUUGAAUUUUAUGACCGCCACUUCGAUGUUUGUUAUUUUGAGAUUUUUUGGUUUUGUUUUGUUUGGGUUUUUUUUUUUCUCCCAAGAAAAUUCCAUAAGCACACGUUGAUGCGGCUGUGUGUUGGUAUGACGGUGAUGAGGGUAGACACAGCUGCCGAUCUCUGGUGACCAAAGAGAAGCAGCCCCGGGUAGUCCAUGACCGCGCGCUGCUUUUGGUGGGGACAUGUCGUGCUCAGAGCGGCCCUCUGGGCUCCGAGCUUCACCUUCUCUUGCACUGCUCCUCCUGUUCUCACACACACACACACACACACACAGACAUUUAGUCUCAAACUCAAGCCUGGAGCUGAAGAAUGCAGCCCACAUUGGAACCCCUCCUGGAAUCUGAGAACGCUACCAGCUGGGAUCACGGCGGGCCUGGGGCUCUCUAAGUGAAACUGAAAGAUUCGUCUCCGUUUCUCCUCCCUCGCUCCGUCUCCACCCUGCUCAGAUUCGGGGAGCCGCCGCAUGGCAGCGCUCACUGCCCAUCGCCUCCCCCCCCCCACCGGACACCCCCAGACCCUCGCCCCGCCACGCUAGGCUUUUCCAGCUGUCAUUAGCGCCACUCCCGUGGCUGCCCAGAAACCUCUGUUUUGAUUUUUUCGGAGGGUGGGGCGUUGCACAUAGGUCAGCACAUUUCUUCAGAGAGCUUGUCUCUGACAAACGGGAUUUUCUGGGUUUCGCUUCAACCUACAUCCAUCUAAUUGACGUAUUGUUGUUCUCUACAUCUGUCUCCGCAUCUGCGCCUUCCUUUUUAACUUAACCCAAGGAUGGAGGUGUUAACAACAACAAUGUGUUGUGAGCUGUCCUGCUUAAUGAAGGUCAUGCAUUCUGCCUGUUCAUUUGAGAGAAGAUGAAUGGUGUUUUAGUUCUCGGUUCUUACUGUUUUACACACAUUCGUUACGUGUACAUAAAUGCAAUGGUUAGAUAUUCUGUGAUGGUUAGAUACUCAUAUCAGUUGUUUUAACAUAAUUACCACCCUAAAACAAGGCUGGUGGCUGUAUGAAUCCAUGUCAUUCAUGUAAUAAUCAUAUUACAUCUGUAGUACUCAGAGGAUUCACUGUAGACCUGUGUGUGUGUGCGUGUGCAUGUGUGUCUAUGGUUCCCCCCUCAGGGUUUGCUGUAAGGAGGAAUGCACCAGCCCCAUAACUGAUUUUUCUUCUUUCUUUAAGUUUUGUUUUACAAGACGUUCCCAGUCUAGAGGUUCUGCUCUGGCUACUCCCGAGUUCCAUGUUCCAAAACAUGCCAGUUCCCACAUCCUUUUUUUUUUCUCUUAGUUGCUUUUCUCCCUCACUCCAUCCAUGCUCUUGCACACAUAUGCAUCUAUACCUUCGACUCAAGCGGUCUUCAGUUUUAAGAUCUCUAAUUUGGUUGUUUAUAAAUAUAUAAAAAUAUAUAUAUUUGAAUAUAUAUUUCUACAUAUUUAAGUGUUAUGUAUAUAAUCAGUAUUAGGCCGGUAAGCCAUGUCUCUGUGUGACUGUGGGAAGGGGGCUUCAGGGUAGAGUAGUGUGGAGAUGUUCAAUAGUCUGUUACUGUACACAUACGAUACGUUAGUGAGGACCACAGCAGCCAGCCCUAAGUGCAGGGAGCCAGCGCUGUUGCAACACUCUAAAGCUUUACAUGUUACACACGUCUCCUGAUCUACUAAGAUGACCAGGGCUUAUCCUGCUACUGUCUCAUUUGGCAGAGGCCGUGUGUGUGUGUGUGUGUGUGCGUGCGUGCGUGUGUGUAUGUUUGUGUGAGUGAGUUGGAAUGGGCUCUGUGUGUGUGAUGGGAAGGAGGAUGUGGACGGAAAGUGCCGUAAAGUUUACAGGUUGUACUGGUUUGCUCAGUAAGGUUGGGUAAGAAGUCCAGCUAAGGGUUGCAUACUGACUCGAGUGGUCAAAAGGUCAGUUCAGAAUUUGAAUGUGUGGGUAGCAAAGUCGGAUUGAAAAUGGUUGCGUUGGAUGUGGAUGAUUGUGGCCUUGGUGGAAUGAGUGUCACAGCUUCACAAGUUAGUUGCCGAGUAAAGGGUGGACCGUAGCACAGGGCCAUUGGGUGUUCUUUGACCAAUCCUGGCCUCCAUGUUUAAUUUGGUUGUCAGGAAAAGUGAAUAUCUUGAACUUUCCCACGCUUCGAUUGGUUUGUGCAUGAGUGUGUUUGGGGACCCUUAAUAGUCUGAGCGGAAUGUUGCUCUUAUCAUAUUUUAAUCUAUCUCUAUCUGUACAUACUAAAGGCUCAAACAGAUCAACACAUCAGGGUCAUGUAGCUUAUGUUAUGUUAUUAAUGAAUACUAAGAAUUUCAACUAUUUAAAACAGGUUGUGUGUGUGUGUGGGUGUGUGUAUGUGUGCGUGUGACCGCUGUUGGUCGUAAUUGCUUACACUCUUCUUGUGACUUGCGACAUGUGACCUGUAUAGACCGCUUCAGAUCGGCUAGAUUCCUCUUUGUGCGCUUUUGAAUGAAAUGAGACGUUUGACGAGGCCUAGACAUUUUUGCACUGUGGGUUAAUUGCAGGCCUCCUGUGGCCGAAGGCCGGUGGCGUAGAGGAGGAGAACAGUGUUCUGGGUUUAGUGCUGCAGCUGGGAGGAGACACUGGCGUGUUCGCCUGAGGGGAUGAGGAUGAUGACUGCGUUGGCUGCUAGUCACUCCCUCUCUCUCUCUCGGCCUUUGAGUCCUGUUAGUACACCUGAGGAGAGAAUGCUUUAGCCACCCUAAGUGCCCCAAGUCAUGCCGUGGGCUCCUUAGUCCGCCAGUAAAGUCUGUACUUUGCAUCUGUGUGUGCGUGGGUGUGGGCGUGUGUGUGUGUGUGUAGGUAUGCUUGAGCUUAACAUGAGAUCAGCACUACUGAUGUCAGACGGUGACAGUGGCUGAUGACGACAUUGUUGAAAGAACCUUGUACUCCCUCUAUGCUAUGAACUUGAAUUUAAAGCUUAAAACUGUUCUCCAUCUCCUAGUUGUUCCAGCGGUAGGAUAGAACAGUGCCUUAGGUUAAAGAGUAGGACCGAUUUUUAUUUUCAUAUAAUUGCUAAAGCAGCAAGUCACAUGUGCUUACCUCGGCCAUGACAAUCACUCUACCUGACUUGGGCCAUGAGGAGAAUUCGCUUCUGAAGAGCUGUUCAGCUCUAAAUACGGCCCUAUCCAUAAAAUUAUAUUUGUAAAUAUAUCUAAAGUGUACUGGAUAAAACUGUUAAAAUAAAGUUUUGCAAGAUAAAA